AUGGGCUAUUAGAAAGCUUUUUUUUAGUCGAAAAUGUUUCAUCAAUAAUUGAUAGGUUAUUUUCUAUUUGAUGAUAUUAAUUUUUAUAUGAAAUAAAAAUAAUUUUAACACAGAAGUUCCCUUUCCUCCUGUUUUUCAAAUCUUAGACUUAGAACUUAAGUCUUAAUUUUAUAGAUGAUAUAUCUUGUAAUCAUAACAACAUGCCUUAUUUGUCUAACCUUAAUAAUUUAAAAAUAUAUUAAUAACACCUUAGCUUCAGAUUCUUAUUAAGUUUUAACUUAAAAAGAAAUGAAUCGAAUUUCUUAGAAUUAUUUAUAGUAAUUUAUUUCAUAGAUAAAUAAUGGAUUUUUUUACAGGAGUCAAUCAUUAAAUGCUAUAAACUUAUUGUAUUUAGUAGCUUAGGAUAAAGAAUUGAAAUUUUUAUAAAAUUUAGAUAUUUGCUAAUCGUUUGCUAAAAAUUCAGAACUUAUGGAAAAAAUUAGAAAAUCAUAUUGUUUUUGUUAUGGUAUUGCUGGAGAUUUCAAUUAUGAAUAUAAUGAUAAGCUUAGAUUGAGUAAUAUUCUUGCUAUUACAUCUACAAUAUAAUCAAAUUAUUCAUAAUUAUAUUAUUCAUCAAAUACUGAUGACUAAUUUUACUCAUUUAAACCUUGCUAAAAUGUUGAAUCAGCAUGGAUUCCUAAAUAACGGCCAUGGUAUAUUUAACAUAAUUAAACCAACUUAUAAAUUUAAUAUACUUCUGCCUACAUUGAUUAUGAAGGAGGUGUUUGCAUAACUUAAACUAAAUCAUUAAUAAAUCAAUAAAAUCAUUCGAUUGGUAUUAUUGCAAAUGAUAUAACUACCGCUGAAUUAUCAAUAUUAAAUUAAAAUUAAAUCGCUGAUAUACUUUUAAUCGAUUUAAAAGGCGAAAUUUUACUCAGUAAUCAUUAUGUAACUGGUUAAGAAAUUGUUGAUUAUUUUUAAAAUGUAUCAAAAACAGGUUUUAAUGAAUCUGAUUUUGAAAUCCUCUUAAAAUACCAAUAAAAUGGUUCUUAUAAUAAUCUAUGUUAAAUUCCUAUCAAUAAUACCUUUUGUUUAUUUGAUAAAUUAAAAUAAAAACUGUUUUAUUUUAAAUUAGGUCUAAUCAUGAAUAAUAAAUACAUAGUAGUUGCUAAAUUUGAUCCUUUUCUAUAUUCUAGUGCAAUGGACUCUUUAUUAGAAGAAAUUAACUCAAAAAAUUAAUAAAUUGUUACUCUUUUAAUUUUUAUCAUAAUUAUAGCCUUAUGCAUCUUUUUUAUCUCAUUUUUAAUAACUACUUUAGUUUUACAGCGUCCUAUUGAAUAAUUAAUGUAUUACUCUAAUCAAUAAAAUAAAUAAGGUAAAAAUCUUUUAGCAGAUAUUCCUAAAAUUAAAAUUGGAAAUGAUAUUGGUGAACUAAAUCUAGCUUUUUUUAAUUUGUUAAAUUAAUAAAAUCGUAAUAAAAAAGAUUCUUAAGAAUAGAACAAGUAGUUAUUUUCUGGUACAAACUAAUAUUAAGAAAAUGUUGAUUGUAUAUAUCUAAAUAUAAACGAUAAACUAUUAUAAAAUUUAAUAGUAAUUAAUGAUUUGAAUAUAAUAGAAUUUAAAUUAUCCAUUACCAUCAAACUGUUAAAAUAAAUUGCUAUUAAGGCCUGAGCAAAUUGUUUUAUUUCACUAAAUUCAGAUGAUUAACUAUUAAAUGAAUCGUUAUGAGGAUCACAACACUAUAAAUAAUAAGAGUAAAUACUGA